AUGACUUCCCAACCCCGCCUCAUCGACCGCGAGACCAGCGCGCGAACGAAGCCCAUGCGGCUGCUCGUGCUGGGACUAUGCAGGACAGGCACAUCGUCCAUGUGUGCCGCCCUCGAGCAGCUGGGCUAUACGCCGCACCACAUGAGAUCAUGCAUGAAGAACCCCCAAUCCCUCCGGUACUGGAGCGAAGCGGCGCGGAUCCGCUACUUCGACGCGCCAGGCGCGCCUUACGGGCGUGACGAGUUCGACAAGCUGCUUGGAGAGCACGAUGCUGUGACAGAUUGCCCCUCCGCCCUCUUCCCCACAGAUCUCAUGCGCGCCUACCCCGAGGCCAAAGUGAUCCUCACGCUCCGCCCACCGCACAAAUGGCAUGCCUCAAUGCUCGCCACCAUCUGGGAAGCAUACACCUGGCGCAGCAUGCACAUCCUCGCCUACCUGGACCCGGCCUUCGCCGGUAUCAAUGCGGUGUUCAUGGAUCUUUUUUUCCGCCAGCUCUGCAACAGGGAUCCGGGACAGGCGAUGGUCGACGGAUACGAGAAGCACAACGAGGAGGUGCGGAAGGCGGCGAAGGAGCUGGGUAGAGAAUUUUUGGAAUAUGACGUUGUGCAGGGAUGGGGUCCGUUGGUGGAGUUUCUGGAAAUCGAGAAGCCGGAGGGGGAGUUUCCGAAUGUGAAUGAUUCGAAGCACUUUAUUGGGACGUUGAGGAUGAUGAGGAAUUUCAGGAUUAUGGUCGUGCUGGGGAAGGCGCUGGUGCCGGCGGCGGUGGCGGGUCUGGCUUGGUGGUGGUUGUACAAGAGAAGGUAG